AUGGGCAAACGGGUCCUCGUGCUAGAAAGAGACGAAGUCCUUCAACCUGCAAUCAGAGCCCUUGGUUAUUACGGACCCACACAGUAUGCGCUUGAUAAGGCGGGAAUAUACGAAGCAGUACGCGAUAGAGGAUUUUUCCAGCUUUCAUUCUCCUGGCGCAAGAAUCUACAAGACAGUGGACCAGAUGAGAAAGCCUGGGGAGAUUUGGUGGCAGCCUGGAAUCCAUGGGAAGAUGUGGACAUGAAGCCUGGCGACUGCGGGUAUGGAAUGUUGUGUCUUGGACAAGACAAGUUGCGCGACAUAUGUAUGGCAAAGUUAAAAGCUGCAUCUGAGUCUGCACAAGUCCUGCUUGGGCACACUGUCAACGAGCUGGUUGAAGAUGAUAAUUCGGUAACUGUCAAGACGGUCGACGCAUCUGGAAACCCGAAGGAAUUCAAGGCACCCUUUGUUGUUGGUGCCGACGGAGGGAAGUCUACCAUUAGGAAAUUGGUGGGAUUAUCAUUGGAAGGGUACACCUGGCCAUACACCAUAGUUGCGGUUGAUAUUUAUGGUCCAAUCUAUCCGCCAAAGGACGAACCACCACUUGUGUACGUGCUCGAUAAAAAACAUAUCGCAUUCUUUUCACCUUUAGAGAAGGUGCGGUACGAUGGGUGGAACCUGUAUCGAUUCACACUGCCAAUGGCACCUGAAGACGUCGAGCCUUCGGUCUUCCAAGAAAAGCUAAGGGAGAAGAUCGACCUGCUAGUUCCAGGGAAACGGCCUCUACACUAUGAAAUACGGAAUGCACAGCCGUAUCGCAUUCACCAGAGACAAGUUGCAAAAUACAAGGUCGGCAGGACUGUGCUGGUUGGAGACGCAGCUCACUUGAACACGCCAUGGGGUGGAUUAGGACUUACAACAGGUAUAUUGGACGCGGACUCUCUAGGCGAUGCUUUUGAUAUGGUUCUGAACGAAGGUAAAUCGCAAGAUGUCCUUGAAAUAUGGGCAAAGGCAAGGCACGCUGUGUGGAAGAACAUCGUGGAUCCAAUCUCGACGAACAAUCAGCUGCGCUGUCACAAUAUUGAUCCGGAUAGACCGAAGGAGGAUCAUUUCUUCAAGGUUCUGUUGGAUCGAGACGACGAGCUCAAGCAGAUCAACGAAUCCUUUGACAAACAAAUGAUCACCCGGAUGAGGGAUCUGGUUGAUAGGAGUGAACAACCAGCAGCAAAGAUAUGA